AUGUCAGUACAAUUUAUUAAUGAAAGUGAAAUCAAAUCAGCAAUUGCUGAUGUUAGAACCGACAAGACUCCAACCGACUGGGUAUUGUUGUCAUUUGAAGACAACAAAUCGAAAAAGAUAAAGUUGGCUGGUAGCGGUAGUGGAGGUGUUGCCGAGUUGGUGCAACACUUGGAAGACACGACUGUUGGAUGGGGUUUGGUUCGCAAGAUUGACCGUAUCGACGAGAGUGAGACUGUCAAGUUUGCAUUCAUCAGCUUUAUUGGUGAAAAGGUUGGUAUCAUGCAAAAGGCUUUUGUCUCGAUUGCCACUGGCUCGAUCAAGCCAUUGAUCGCUCCAUACCAAUCCGACUUUAACAUUACCAACCCAUCUGAAAUCUCGGACGAGGUUGUGCUCCAAAAGAUCAGAGAGACCUCGGGAUCGGGCUCGCGUGUUUUGGACGAGAGUGGUCAAAAGCUUGGUGCUGCCGGCAGCGGCUCGACCAACUCUCCCUCUGGCGCACGUCGUUCGUUUAUCGGAUCUGCUCCAUCAUCGGCCGGAAAGGAUGCGGUUGCCUUGGGUGACGAGCCAGCUAUCCGCGCUGCAUUGAAGGAGUUCCGUGCCGACAAUAGUGGUAUCAACUGGGUACUCUUUGGGUACGAGGGUGGCAAUAGCAACACUAUUGUGUUGUUGGGCAGUGGGUCGGGCGGACCAACCGAGCUCAUCUCGCACCUCGACGACAGCACCGUCGGCUACGGUCUUGUCCGUGUCGUUGAAAAGAUUGAUAAUAGCAACACUGUCAAAUUUGCCUUUAUCCAAUGGACCGGCGACAAUAUCCCACGUAUGCUCCGUGCUCGUCUCGGCACACACUCUGGCGUCGUCAAGCAGCUCGUCACACCCUACCACGUCGACAUCAAGGCGUCUUCCAAGUCUGAAAUCUCAGAGGAUAUCAUUGUCGACACGAUCACCAAAAACUCGGGCACCCAAUCGCGUGUCCUCGCCGACCAACCCCGUUCGACCACCUCGGCCUCGACCGGCGGCGGUUUCAGACAAUUUGGCAGCUCCGUCUCGGGCACCUCGUCGGGUGGCAGUUACAAGGGUCCCUCGUCGGUCCCCACCUCGACCGGCGCCCCCGUCAAGGUUGACGACGAAGUUCGUGCCGCCAUCAAGGACGUCCGUAACGACCAAACCGCCACCACCUGGGCGUUGAUUGGGUACAAGCCCGACAACUCGACCCUCACCGUCAUCGCCACCGGCAGCGGGUCCGUCGACGAGUUGGCUCCCCAUCUCUCCUCUUCCAUCGUUGCCUAUGGUCUCGUCAGAGAGGUUGAAAGAUUCGAUCUUAGUGACACUGUUAAAUUUGUAUUUUUAAAUUUCGUCGGUGAAGAUAUCCCACGUAUGUUCCGUGCCAAGCUUGGCACCCACUCUGGUGUCGUCAAGGAAACCUUUGCUCCAUUCCACGUUGAUUUCCAAGCCUCCCAAGCCUCCGAAGUCACUGCCGACUCUGUCACCAAAACCAUCUCUUCCAAUUCUGGUACCAGUUCAAGAGUUAUUAACAAAUAA